AUGGUGGCCAGCGUCAGAGUGCAGAAGCUCCUCCGACGAUACAAACUAGCGAUUGCUGCCGCGUUAACGAUUCUUCUGAUUCAAGGGCUAGUGGUAUGGAGUCUGAGAAGUCUCGAAGAGGGCGAGGCGGAGGUAAGAAAGCUUAAUAUGAUUUUGGUUAGCUGGUUAAGAUAAGAUUUGGUCUCUAAAGCAAGCUAGCGUACUAUGCUAACGUAAACGUUAGCUAGCUGUCUCUUGUACUGUAGCGAACUACAGUAAAGAUAUUGUAGUUAACCAAAGCUAGUUCGUAGGAAGCUUAUUCCUUGUACGCGUAUUAUAGCUAGAAUUGCAGAUUUAAACCAACUCGCUAGUUAAACUACACUAGACUAGUUCAAGAAUCAAUAAUACUUGAAGUGAACCACUUCUUUGUUUGGCCAACCUGUCUCCAGAAUUCAGGUUAGACGUUUCCUGAGUAUACGCAUAAUAACGUAUGAGGGCAUUUUGUUGUAAACUGUAAACUGCCAACCAGCUAACUAGCAAUCAAAACAUUUAAAAACAGGGCACAUUGUGUAGGCUCUCAUUUCAUUCUGUUGUGACUUGGCAUGUCCUUGGAUGAAUGUUGAUUGGUGCUGCGACUGUCACUUCAAUUAGUAUUGUGUGACUGUGUAGUGAUGAAGAUAACGGAAAUACAUGGCGAGGUUGAUUAUCUGGCUUGCCAACAGGAUUAAUAGAUUCGGUGAUUAUUCAAAGUAGGUGUCAAGACUUGCGAGUAUAAUGUCAAUUUAUGACAUGCAAUGACUUGCAGCAAGCAUAUGGAAUGUGCGGUCAUGCUUCCCUCUGGCUCAUCUUUCCUUGUUCUUGCACCAAGCUAUCUGAGUUGGCUCAUGAUCCAUUGCAUACCAUAGUCAUCUUAGUCAUUUACUCUCAGUUUAAUUCACAAUUUAUUGGUCUUGAUAUAAGCAUAGUAAUUGACUUGCAUUCUUUCCAAGUAUAACAUUAAACCUGAACUGUUUCUAGUUAAACAACGCAUUUAGCCAAUUUGUUCUAUAUUUUCUAAAGUACUGACUGAACUAGAGCGUCUGAACCGACCUAUAACAUACUUAUCCAUGGGAGUCUUGGCUCUCCAAUCUCACACACACACCUGGAACACUACCCUAGAGGCAGUGGCCUGGAACCUCCCAUUUCUUCUUCAAAUAAAGUCCUUGUGAGCUGUCAACAGAUUUAGCCCCAGGGGCUUGCAUUUAGUUAUAAUUUGAGGCAUUGAUACAGACUCAGCCUCAGGAAUGUGUGCUGAAAGAGAGUCUGAAGUCCCGCUCUGCCUUUCAUGAUGUGACAUGUGUUGCGUGUGUGCAUAACCCUCCAGACUGAUCAAAUCAAAUUGUAUUGGUCACAUAAACAUAUUUAGCAGAUGUUAUUGUGGGUGUAGUGAAAUGCUUGUGUUCCUAUCUCCAACAGUGCAGUAGUAUCUAACAAUUCACAACAAUACACACAUCUAAAAGUAAAAUAAUGGAAUUAAGAAAUAUAUAAAUAUUAGGACGAGCAAAGUGACCAGUGAUUCCAUGUCUAUGUACAUAGGGCAGCAGCCUCUAAGGUGCAGGGUUGAGUAACCAGGUGGUAGCCGGCUAGUGAAGGCUAUUUAACAGUCUGAUGGCCUUGAGAUAGAAGCAGUUUUUCAGUCUCUCGGUCCCAGCUUUGAUGCACCUGUACUGACCUCGCCUUCUAGAUGGUAGCAGGGUGAACAGGCCGUGGCUCGGGUGGUCACACAGAGCUGUCUCACUGAACUGUGCAUACGUGGAGGGAGAGGAAGCAUCUAAGGAGGGCCCCAGAAAAGGCACUGUGCAUAGGGUGGGUAGGUUUUCUCUGGAACUCUGUGUCUCUGGACUGUGUGUUUCACUGGUGAUGUGUUAAAUCUAUAUUAUUUCUUGGAGUAAACCCACCAUUAGCCAUUCUCUGCUUAAUGUGUUUCUAUGCUACGUCCUUUAUCGCAAUCAAAAAUAUGUUAUUACUUGGACCGAUAGGAGCAUUACAUCAACCAUCUGUCUGAAUUUAUAACAGCCAAGAUGCAAUGAAUGCAUUUCCCUUUGGACGGACACAGUGUAAACAGGAAAUGUGACAUGACAUGAGAUCGUCUUGAGAGCAGGAUGUUCCUAUUGUGACAUCUAGUAGAUUGCUUUAAAUCAAAUCAAAUCAAAUUUUAUUUGUCACAUGCGCCGAAUACAACAGGUACCUUGCAGUGAAAUGCUUACUUACAAGCCCUUAACCAACAAUGCAGUUUUAAGAAAAAUAAGUGUUAAGUAAACAAUAGAUAAGUAAAAAAAUAAAAGCAGUAGAAAUAACAGUAGCAAGGCUAUAUACAGGCGGUACGGUACAGAGUCAAUGUGCGGGGGCACCGGUUAGUCGAGGUAAUUGAGGUAAUAUGUACAUGUAGGUAUAGUUAAAGUGACUAUGCAUAGAUAAUAAACAGAGCAGCAGCAGCAUAAAAGAGGGGGGGAGGACAAUGCAAAUAGUCCGGGUAGCCAUUUGAUUAGAUGUUCAGGAGUCUUAUGGCUUGGGUGUAGAAGCUGUUAAGAAGCCUUUUGGACCUAGACUUGGUGCUCCGGUACCGCUUGACCGUGCGGUAGCAGAGAGAACAGUCUAUGACUAGGGUGGCUGGAGUCUUUGACAAUUUUUAGGGCCUUCCUCUGUUACUCUCCAUGUUCAUUCCAUAAGGAUGCAUCCAGCUAUUACCAUCACUUCAGUCCUCAGUCCUGAGCCAGCCAGCUUAAACAAAGGCACAUUUAUACGCCCACCGCCCAAUGGUGCAACAUAAUUUUGAACCUUGUACCAACCGCCUACUGAAAUGUACCUUUUGUUAGGUAAAUCAUGUGAUAAAUGAGGUUAUCGGGAGGCUGGAGGAGGGCUUUUUUCAGUUCCCGUGUGGCUCAGUUGGUAGAGCAUUGCAACGCCAUGGUUGUGGGUUCGAUUCCCACGGGGGAACAGUAUGAAAAAUGUAUGCACUCACUACUUUAAGUCCCCCUGGAUAAGAGCGUCUGCUAAAUGACUAAAAUGGAGAAAAAUAUGUAUUUAACACAAUGGCAGUGGCCCUCCCCCUUCUGAGUGAGUGUGUGUAUAGAGCUGGGGCCUAUGCAGGGCUGAGUGAGUGGACUGAAUCCCUCUCUGCUCAGUGGCCUCGAUGUAACUCACAUCUGCUCUAAUCAGAAGCUUGCUGUGCAUGUGUGAACACAAACACAUGCAUCCUAUUAUAGCCCCCACAGAAGAGGACUUGAGAAGAAGUGAAGAAAACCGCACCUUCUGUUCCGUCAUCCCCAGUCAGUGGCUUCAUAAAGAGCUGCUGGGGCGUACUGGUCCGCUCCCCUCACAUGGAGAUGAAGGCAGUGAUAUGGCUUCAACUAAUUGGAAAGAAAAAAAGAAAAGAAACCCGCCUCUGAUGUGAGAGCGUUAAUUAAAAAGUGUGAAAAAUUGUGAAAAGUUUAAUUGAAAUUGCUGUGUUUCUCUACAAUAUGAUAACAUUGCCCAAGUCCACAUAACAUUUGGUAGCUGUUUGAACCAGUGAACCACCAGUAGAGUAACACUCUUUUAAAAUAUGUAUUUUUUGCCCUAUGAUGCUUUUCAAUAGACUCCUUGAAUUAAAACACAUUCAAUGGGGCUGGGCUGUAACAUCAUUGUGGACAAAUGGUUUUUUAACUGGAACAGCAUUUGUGGUGCACUGGGCGAUCAGGAGCUGUGUUGUGUGGGUUGGCGACUGGCUGGCAGACUUGCACUAGUCUAUCUCCCUGCCUUGUGCUGUCUGUCCCAGGCCAUAGCCUCUGUUCCCACAGUCUGUGCUCUGGUCUGUCUCUGUGCCAGCGCCGUGUGGUGAGGGCCCACUCAGGGCCAUGCCCACUCCCUGUUUUUCUAUCCCCUCUCCAGGUGCAUAUUUUGGGGCCCUUCUGUACAAUUCCAAUAAGCCAGCGUGGUAAGCUGUGAUAUUGUCCUGCCAGAAGUGAAAAUAGCUGGGGGGUUGCUGCUUUCGAUGCAUCCAUUUGUGGAUGCCCCAUUUUUUGCAUUCCAAUAAGAGUGUGGUGAGAAGUUAUGUUUCCCUGUUUAUCUCCACUAACCACCAGAAACACCCUUAGAGCCAGAAGAGUCAUGAUGGUUUUUUGUCUUAUGUUUUUACUUAGUUGCUCAGAAUGUGAAUGAAGGGAUAGACCUUAAAAAAACGUGGUUUUGAAACUUGCAUCACAUUCAGGCACAUCAAAAAAUGUAACCUAGUUGUGUACCAUUCCUUUUGGGAUCCACAGAUAAACAAGAUGAACAGGAAGGCUUUGCUCUGAGAGGCUUUACUGUUGAAUUUUGAUUUCUCUGUCCAAAGUCUUGCUUUGAAAUCAAAUUAUUUGCUCAGUGAAAUCUUUUUUUCAAAUGUAAGAUACAACAGUCUCACUGAGGGAAAAAAUAACAUUGUGACUGGAGUGUCCCUGCCCCCCCCCCCCCCCCCGCACACACACCCUCCUCCCAAGGUAGCCCUGGUCCUAGUGUUGGUGGAGGGCCAUUGCUGUGCACUGUAGAGUUGAAGUGGCAGGGGCUUAGGGCUGGGUGCUGAAGUGGGCAGCGCUGCGCUCAGCGCUCCUGGGGUUGCAGGGGUGGCUGCUGAUAAGGCCACUUGGCCUCUGGCCGACAGUGAUCUUAUUGGGCAGCUCAGAGCGUGGCAGCCCUCCAGCUCCCCCUGCCUGCCUGCCUGUCUGUCUGUCGUUGCCCAUUUACAGGCCUCACUAAUUACUCCUCAGAGGACUUCUCUGUCUGUCACACACACAUAUAUACAUACACACACUCCCCGCAGUGCUCUGAUAAGGACUCUCAUUGUAGAUGUGAGCAUAUGCCCAAUUUCAUGUGGUGUGACUGAUUGUCCAUGCAUGCGCUGUGUGCGCUCUGUGCUGUGCGUUUAUUGAGGUCACCGCGGUGAAUCACUGCCUUCAUUACCCAUCUGUAUGUUGUGCCUUCUCUGAUUACUUCCACAAAAGGCAGAGGGGGGGCUAAAAAUAACCCUGAGCAAAAACAAAACACACUGUAAACAUAUCUCGCCUCUGGUGCUCCUGCUCUGUUGUCGUCUUGUUUUGGUUGUUCUUAGAGGGUGAAUCAUCUUCCUCGUUUCACAAACACUCUUCCUAAUAAUUUGAUUGGUCCCAGUAUGUUGUGUAGUGUAUCGACAGGAAAGGAGGAGAAUGAGAAUCUUCUCUGUGCUAACUCUCUCCCCCCUCCCCAGAGGAAAACACGUCGGUCUAAGCUGCCUGACCACAACAGCCAGGACCCCAAAAGGGAGGCGGUGGGCUGGGAGAGACAGAAUGCCUUGUCUGGGAGGAGCGGGGCCCGAUGGAACAGCAGGCUGGAGAGGACGGGGGCCACGGCCGCCAGCGCCCUCCGGAGGGGCAACAAGCGCCGGGGGAAGCCCACCGUCAGGGUGAAGGUGCCCCUGGGCCAGGGGGUAGGGGUAGCAGCUGACGGUGUUCCUCCCCACGACCCCUCCAGCAGCCGUAACUUCACUGAUACCCGGGGCGGAGGGGAGGGGGCGGCCAGACUACCCCCUCCAGCCAUGCCAGGGGAACCGGGCAGCGUGGAGGGGGCACCCCAUGCCCCCAGCAGCGACUUUGUGCCCAAGUGUGACAUCAUGGGCAAGGAUGCCCUGUCAGCCCUGCACCGCGCCGGCUCGCGGCAGUGCCGGCAGGAGAUCGCCAACAUUGUGUGCCAGCAUCAGGCCGGGCAGCUCAUGCCAAGGGCACUGCCUCAGUUCUGCCCGCAGCACGGUGAGACACACCCCUACCUAGCCAUCAUUCCUCUAGGGAUCAGAGACUAACUGCAUAUGCAGACAGCCCACACACUGCAGACUCUUAAUGAUGUAUUGGAUAUUUAUUCUCCCUGGUACAUUUUUCAUUUGUGCCUUGAAGUGCCCCCCAAGGCUAAAUCAAUGCAUGAAUAUUACAUUUGCAGUUCCAUUUCUUGUUUUAAUGUAAAAUGAUUUCCUCUGCAAAAACAUAGAUGUCUGUGAAUGUACUCUUUUGGCAGCUCCCACCCCCCCACCCCUCAUCCACCUGUACAGUAGGGGUUUGAGGACUACCUAUUUUCCAUUAUCGGACUGUUAAUCAGUCCCAUGUGUAUCAUCCAAAGAGUCUGUAUCCAGAGGCUCAUUCCCAUGAUCCUCUCUCUCAUCCUGUGUGUUGUGUCCUCAUCCCAGGUUUUUCCAGCCCGGUCCAGACAGCUGAUGAGCUGGACAAUGACCUGUCCAAAGUGGAGAACCCAGUCAGGGUAGCCUUCGUCCUGGUGGUCCACGGCCGGGCCAUCAGACAGCUCAAACGCCUCAUCAAAGCCAUAUACCACCGAGACCACUUCUACUACAUCCACGUGGACAAGGUAACUACUGGCAGACAUACACACUAUACUGUGAUUGGUUCAAGAAGGAUUUCAUCUAGAAUAAAAACAUUCAAUAAAAAUUGUUCACAAAAAAAGGAUUACUUAGUUGGAACUUUCCUAGAUGCACCAUACAGUCUCUUAUGGCUGGAAAUUGUACUUUGUCAUUUGGAUGUUCAGGAUCAAAUAAUCACACAAAGGUCAUACAGAGGGGGUAUGAUUAAGCUUAUGCUUUAUCGUACUCCGCAUGUUUCUUGUUAGCUUAUGAGGACGCCUUGAUAUGUAGAAUUGCGUCUCUGCUUCUCAUAUGCUGGCAGGAGGUCUAACCUGGAGGGUCCCGCUGACUCGUACAUGCUUGAUGAGGUCACUGUGUUUUUCAUGUGUAGUAGAGUCUAUAAUAACCCUCAGGUAAGGAAGUGGUUGGAGGAUUAGUCAGGAUAGAGGGGUUUGUCUGGUUGCUGUAGGAGAAGUGGGAGCUAUAAGAGGGGGAUGUCUACACAGGUUGCUCACCCCAGCUCCUGGUAGCAUGUCUACACAGCUGCAGAGCCAUAGAGCUCAGAGCAACAGUUUAACACUGCAGAGUCGAAGGGAAGGGAAAGCAUUGAUAAAUGAGGAGUCAAUGGGCUCCCACCGUUGAGACUACACUAGACGCUAACGACCCACCACCUUAUCGCUCCUCUCACUGGGACGGGUAGGCAGGCGCCUUGAGGGAUGGGACAGGAUGGAAAGCAGGUCAGGUUGUUCUGGAGUCCAUCCGCCAGGCAGCCCUCCUCUCUCUACCUGCCCAGCAGAGCAGGCCACUCUCUCCCUGUGUUAGCCUGGAGCUGGGCCCUGUCACAACACUUUCUACCUGCUCCUCUUCUCAUCGCAAGAAUCUCAUCUCUCAUACCUUCAGGCCUGUUGUCACCAACCCUGCUGCAGCCCCCCCAUCCAUCUUUCCCUCUGAAUGUUUAAUGGUCUUCUUUACGGUUUGGAAGUAGCCUCUUAGCUGAGUUCUUCUCAUUCUUUCUUCAUGUCCUGCUGUCAGAAGAACCUACAGCUAUUUCAUACCAGUAGAUUCUAUUGAUUUCUUUGCACGUGCCUGUUUUAAUAAUUCAAUAUGAAACUGAUUAUGGCAGUAGGCAGAUUAUGUUACCUUAAGGUGUUUACAUGUCCUAAUAAUUCAAAAAAUUGCUCAGAAAACCAGGUGUUUUAAUCGGCUUAUGCUUACUUCGAUUUUGACUACGCUCAUUAAGAUAAGCAGAGUAAGGUGUUUACAUGACUAAUGCAUAAUUUGCCAACUGCCAUAAUCAGUUUAAUAUCAGAUUAUUACUGUGCAUGUAAAUGUUGUCUGUCUCCUAACCCCCCCAGCGCUCCAACUACCUGCAUCGGGAGGUGCAGCAGAUCGCCCAGCAGUACCCCAAUGUGCGUGCCACGCCCUGGCGCAUGGUGACCAUCUGGGGCGGUGCCAGCCUGCUGAAGGCCUACCUGCGCAGCAUGCAGGACCUGCUCUCCAUGCUGGACUGGAAUUGGGACUUCUUCAUCAACCUCAGUGCCACUGACUUCCCCACCAGGUCAGUGACUAUAACACCACUGUCAUAUGAUUGGCUUUGAAACUAUUGUUUAAUGUUUAUUAUGGUUAAUUGACAUAUGUGUGAUGAAGACUUGAUCUCAAUCAAAAUGCUCCACAAUAUGAUCACAUUUGUAAUAUCUGUAUUCCUCCUACCACACAACUCUCAAUCUGUUUAGAAGAAACGUGCUCUGGAUUUGUAUUUUCAUUUGUGCCUGUCUGAGCCUUUCAUCUGUUGCGGAGCUUUUUGGUCUCACUGCGAUUUUAUUCAAUUAUUCCGUUGACCUGCAGUGACUUUGACUCCUAUAGCUACAAGAUAAAGGAGAGCCACGUCUCCUGCUAGUUGAAAGCCCAGACUGUCAUGGACUGUUUUGGUCACUGAUGCACAGAGACAGACUGCUAAAUCGCCUCUUUCUUGUCAAUCAGUUCUGGGGUGGAUUUCUGAGGCCCUUCUGAGCUGCUUCCAGAGCAGUGGCCAAUCAUCCUGAACCGUCCCAGGGUUUAAAGGGGGGGAAUAAACAGGAAUACUUGGAUGCACACAGAGGAGCCGCCGCUGCCUCCCAAAUCCUGCCGACAGCGGCUAAUUCCACCCAGGGAAAGUCCUCGCGCCACGCUCCAGUCAGCGUUUUAUUCCCCAACCUAAUCCUCUCAUCUUCUUUUUUCCUUCACUCCUUUCUUUCUGUCUUCUCCUUGGCCUAUCGCCUUCCGGCAGGACCAACGAUGAACUGGUGGCUUUUCUGUCACAGCACAGAGACCAGAACUUCCUCAAGUCACAUGGGCGGGAGAACGCGAGGUAGGGCGCUUAGUUAGGAAACCUCUGACUCACAGCCUCGUCAGUCUGUCUGACACACUUGGCUCUUACUGUUAGUGUCUGACACCGCUCACAUCGGCUGAGAUUUUCCUCCACUGCUCUUCUCAUCAAGCUUAGCUUCACUCAGUAUGAUGUAAUGGUUAAGCUUUCAUAUUGGAGGAGAGGACUAAGAUGUUGGAAGGGAAAAUUAAAGGAAUGAUGAUUAUGAUGUAAAGCUUCUGUUUGAUGUUUAUUUCCCAUAUAGUCAAGGACAGCUCUCUGACAAACUAUUUAAGAUCAGUUAUUAUUGCUGAUUAUUAUUGCUGAAGUUAGGUAACAGGUUGUCAAUGAACUUGCUUGGUAAAGUAGUGGUUAGAUAAAUGAAUAACUCUUAAUCACUGUUCUUCCCUGUGUAGUGUUAAUUUUGGCAGCUAUUUUAGAUUUAGUCUUAGUCUUUUGACUAAAAUAGCUUUAACUUUUACUAAAAUUACACAUUUUAGUAAUUUCAUCCUUCAUAGUUUUAGUUAUCAGUUUACUAACACUCUAGACUGAAGUGGCCGCCUGGUAGCUGUGUGUGGGAGAGCCGGGCAGAUCAGCUCAAUCAGCAUGCGCAACUGAAAGACCAAUGAGAGGAUUGCAUUAUAUUAUGCAAAGGCUGUUUCUGAUUGGACAAAACAGAUCAAAAGGAAAAAUAGGUUGUUGACUAAUUUAUUUUGUCAUAGUUAUUGUUGACGAAAUGAACACUGCCUGUGACCUCCAGGUUCAUAAAGAAGCAGGGUCUGGACCGGCUGUUCCAUGAGUGUGACAACCACAUGUGGCGGCUGGGUGAGCGGACCAUCCCUGAGGGCCUGGAGGUGUCUGGGGGCUCUGACUGGUUCUCCCUCACCAGGCGCUUCGUAGAGUACGUCAUCAACUCCCAGGAUGAGCUGGUGGCGGGCCUGAAACAGUUCUACACCUACGCCCUGCUCCCCGCUGAGGUAAUGGACAGGGAAAAUGUAGUGGUGAAGAUGACAAUGUGACUGCUUCAGUCACAGCCUCUCUGGGCAGUAGAGGUGCUAGACUGAAGAGGGGGUCACAGAGCGUUUAGCUGCCAGUUAAAGUGGGUUGGUUGAGGUCAUAUCUUAGUAUUGAAUGUUGUACACUAGAGUCAAAAGCAUUGAUUUGAUGUUUUGAAACAUGUCUGGAUUGUCUUCAUUGUUCAGGAAUCCCUGUGGAGAUGGUGAAAUGUUGCAAUUCUAUUUACAGUAAAUGCCACAACCCAGUGUUUGAAAUAUUAAUAUAAUCCCUCCUCUCUGUUCCAGUCCUUCUUCCACACAGUGCUGGGGAACAGUCACAUGUGUGACUCUCUGGUGGACAACAACCUGCGUGUAACCAACUGGAACAGGAAGCUGGGCUGUAAGUGUCAGUACAAACACAUAGUGGACUGGUGCGGCUGCUCCCCCAACGACUUCAAACCACAGGACCUCAUCAGGAUACAGGUCAGUCAGCCAGCCAGCCAGGAGAGGGCACUGUUGUACCCAUCAUGAGUUCAAAUUGAGUGUCCUUAACUGCUGCACUCCUCCUCAGCCAACAAGUGUAGUAUUUAACCUUGAUUCUCAUGUCUUCAUUCCCCCACAGCAACUGACCCGGCCCACGUUCUUUGCCCGUAAGUUUGAGUCCAUGGUGAACCAGGAGGCUAUAGACAUCCUGGACACCCACCUGUAUGGGCACUACGCCCCAGGAACGGUGGCCAUCAAGGCCUACUGGGAGAGCCUGUUUGAGCGGGCGGAUGGGGUGGGCUCCCUCAGUGACGUGGCCCUCACGGCCUACUCCUCCUUCUUCCGCCUGGGCCUCAGGAGCCUGGAGAGCAGCCAGACCAGCCUGGAUACCUGCAAGUGAGGCCCUGCCCUGAAUACUACAAUCUUUCCAAAUGGUAGAUUCAGAGUGGAAUAUUUCACUAUUACUUAGGCUAGUUGAGGCUCAAUAGAUAGAUUUCUUCAAAAGAAGGACAACUUAAGUCCAGGUUUAAUUAUUGAUAUACACACUAAACAGAUAUCUCAAUUGAUUUGACCUUCUCAUAUUGUCUAUUCAAAUAUCUCUUCCUCCUUUUGUGCAGGUAUGAGCCAAUAGGCUACCCGGUGUCAGUGCACCUGUAUUUCUACGACGAGCGUUUCCAGGGCUACCUGGUCCGUCAGGAGGUGCAGAACGUGGGGUCAAGGGUCAGGGAAACGGUUGGAGGUGUGGGCCGUGCCUCAGUCCACCAUGCAGCUGGAGAACAACCUCAGGGAGUUUGAGAGGCUCAAGAACCUGGAGGUGGGUUGGAGCUGAGAUAGAUAGAUAGUUAGAUGUCUGUCUGUCUGUAUUUCUAUGGGUAUUGUGUACAGUCAAGGUUGUUGCAGUUUAGAUAGUGGUGUAUGGCAAGGGCUGAGACUACGGAUGAACACGUUUGUGGACCUAGUUUGAUGAUGAAAUACCCAUAUCUACUGUAGUCUAGAUGUUGGAUACAAAUUAAGAAGUUAGAAUACCAUUAGUACAACAAGGAUACAAGACUGCCCUAACACAUUGAUGUAAAAUGUCUGUGUCUGCUUAUUUUUCCCCCCUCAGGUGGGCACAGAGUGGGACCCCAAGGAGAGAAUCUUCCGGAACUUCGGCGGUGUGAUCGGGCCGCUGGACGAGCCGGUGGCGGUACAGAAGUGGGUGAGGGGGCCCAACCUCACUGCUACCAUCGUGUGGAUCGACCCCGCCCAGACGGUGGCGGCAUCUUAUGACAUCAGCGUGGAUGUGGAUGCAGAGUACACGCAGUACAAGCCCCCGCUGCAGCGGCCGCUCCGCCCCGGGGCCUGGACAGUCAGGGUGCUCAGGCUGUGGGAGCGCGUGGCCGAGGCUCGCUUCCUUGUCAUGCCCCUGGCCUUCAAAGGACGAGAGCCACUACGCCAAGGUCAGCCUGGUGGUUUGAGGGUCGGGUAGUUCAUCUAUACUUUUUACCAGGAAGUGAAGUGGUUCCAAAGGGAGUUUAGUUCAGGGUAGUUUGCCCCUUUGGUGUUCUGUUUGAUUCAGUGCAGCCAUUCAGCCUCCGUAUCCAAUUCAACUCACUGGAAGACUUGUCUCAGUAUGUAUUUAUGUAUCUGAUGAGGAUGUUGUGAACUGAUCCCUAACAGUCCUCUCUUCCCUUUCUUCCUCCCCCUGCCACCCUGCCUGAUCCAGAGGAGGACAGCUGGCUGCACGCGGGGCCACCAGGCAACCUGUACCUAGAGCAGGGCUUCCAGCAGCUGAGAUCUGUUCUGAAGCUGCCCCCCCAGGAGCCCGCCCUGCAGGAGGCUCAGCAGAGGGCCCAGCUGGUAGGCAAGCCCCUGGAUGCCUGGGUGGACAGCACCGUGGGGGCCUUCUGGGUGACCGGGGACCUGUGCUCCACCCAGCCCUCCCCGGGCCCCUGCCCUUCCCUGGGCCCCUGCACCAAGUCCACCUGGAGCUCCCUCGCCCCAGACCCCAAGUCAGAACUUGGCCCUGUCAAAGGUGACGGCCGGAUCAGGUAGCCCCCCGGAGAGGAGGCAUGCUGGACUACAUUAGAGGAGGAGAGGAGAGGAUAUGUGAGCCCUGAGGAGAGAGGGGAGAGUGGGGUCUGGUCUCUGAGGCAAACUCAUAGCGCACCUAAAUAGACAAGGCUUCUCCCUACAUAUGCUGAGGUGUGGCUAUGCUCUCAGUUUAGAGGCUACAUGGCCUUUUCAGAGAAGAUGCGUGCUGGAAAUGUGCACAUGAAGACUGCAAGACAAAGGAUUUUUUUGUGUUCAAACGUCAUUACAUGGACGAUUUCUGUUAUGUUAUCUGUCUGCACAUAAGUCUUCAUUCAGGGUUUCUCUGGGUAGAACCUUGGAUAUGUUCGAACUCUGUUCAGUGCACAGUUUUCUUCUGCUUGAAGGAAUGUAAAGCAGUGGCCAACAUUUUGACAGUGGCUAAAUGCUGUGUUGAAUUGUUGUCAGAGGGGAGUGGGCCCUCUGGACUAGGAUCUUCAUGCUUAUUUUCAAGCAUUAUUAUCAGAACUUCAGCAGCAGAUGGAGGAAGUGCACUUUACUGUAAGACUGUAAGGUUACGCAGGACAGGGUCGAUCACUAGUUGGAGAACGACAACGAGGAGGAGUAGGAGCUUAAAAGGUCACGGUGGAGGUCGUCACAAUGGUGACAUGGCGUCCUCUUCCCUUCGCUUACUUACAUGUCUUUGUAUAAAAGUGCUGCUAGAGCAUAUCUGGACCAGCUAGCUCACCUGGAGGUGGAAGAAUGGUACCAGCUGAAACCAUACCAUAUCUGGACCAGCUAGCUCACCUGGAGGUGGAAGAAUGGUACCAGCUGAAACCAUACCAUAUCUGGACCAGCUAGCUCACCUGGAGGUGGAAGAAUGGUACCAGCUGAAACCAUACCAUAUCUGGACCAGCUAGCUCACCUGGAGGUGGAA